GCUGAGCUCCCGACCAUGCCCGAGCCCGCCAAGUCCGCUCCCGCCCCGAAGAAGGGCUCCAAGAAGGCGGUGACCAAGGCGCAGAAGAAGGACGGCAAGAAGCGCAAGCGCAGCCGCAAGGAGAGCUACUCGGUGUACGUGUACAAGGUGCUCAAGCAGGUGCACCCCGACACCGGCAUCUCGUCCAAGGCCAUGGGCAUCAUGAACUCGUUCGUCAACGACAUCUUCGAGCGCAUCGCGGGCGAGGCGUCGCGCCUGGCGCAUUACAACAAGCGCUCGACCAUCACGUCCCGCGAGAUCCAGACGGCCGUGCGCCUGCUGCUGCCCGGCGAGCUGGCCAAGCACGCCGUGUCCGAGGGCACCAAGGCCGUCACCAAGUACACCAGCUCCAAGUAGACGCGCGAGCGAGCGGCCUGACUCCUGACCCCAAAGGCUCUUUUCAGAGCCACCCACGUUUUCCCAUAGAGAGCUGUGCACUGGCAAGUCCAAGUCCUGAGCAUUCCUGUCAACAUUCGGGAGGGGAUCCCCGAGUCCCCCAGGUGGUAGGUGCAGGGCCACCUCUCUGGACAAUAGUGCCCAGCACGAGGCUCCCAUGAUUGUAUGUGAGCGUGGACGGAAACCCACGUCUCACUAUCUAAUCCCCUCAAGCUGCUUGUCACCAUUUUUUAACGUUUUCGCAGGGACUGUGUGGGCUGGAGGAGACGCUUUAUAAAGCUUCCAAAUCGACCCUGAAA